CCAUCGAUACUGUGGAAGGAAACAAGAUGUUUGCUUCGAUCAAUUAUGGCUUCCCGUUCCACUAAUAAACGUAUUAGCACAAAUCAAGUUCAUCCUGUCUGUCCUAUUCGAUGCUGCCAAUUUGUCAUCCAUGAGUCUUCGCCUACCUUUAUGUGAAGCUUCAGCAUUAGGAGGAGCUAUGAAAAGCAAAACUGCAGCUUUUGUUUAUUAUGUACUUACUUACCGGGGGCAGAGAGAGAGAGAGAGAGAGAGAGAGUCAUGUGGUGUUCUCUUAGCUUUCAGCAGCAGCAUGGAUUAUUACAAGUUAAGACCACCCCCACUCUGCUGCAGUCGAUCGGUUGGUAGGACAAAGGCAUAAUCCACCCUACCAUACCAAUAUAGUACAAACACCUGCACCUAAAAUCUUAUCUAUCCUGCCAAGGGGUCAAUGGGAACCUGGCUAUUCUACAUCUCUUUCUCUUCUCCCACCGCUUUGGUUCUUUCUCUAGAUCGCCAUUAGUGUUGUAUUGUGGAUUUCUUCUGGGAUUCGAAGGGAUAAGAGGAUGGAGUUCACGCAUGGAAGAAAUAGGCUUCACAUCAACGAGCAAGAAGAGCAAGGGCAAGCCUGCAAACAUGCUCCUUUGGUGCCUUACGCUUCUUCCUCCUCGUCUCCGUCGGCUUCAUCCUCUCACUUCAGGCGGAACGAGGGCUCGUCGGUCAUCGGCGAUAAUCUUUUUGAGAAGGAGCAUAUGUUCGACAAGGUGGUAACGCCAAGCGACGUCGGCAAGCUAAACCGGCUGGUGAUCCCGAAGCAGCACGCCGAGAGGUACUUCCCACUGGACGCGUCGGCCAACGAGAAAGGGCUGCUGCUCAGCUUCGAGGACCGCACCGGCAAAUCGUGGCGCUUCAGGUACUCCUACUGGAACAGCAGCCAGAGCUACGUGAUGACCAAGGGGUGGAGCAGGUUCGUCAAGGAGAAGCGGCUCGACGCUGGGGACACCGUCUCCUUCAGUCGCGGCGUCGGCGACUCUGGUCGCCACAGUCUUUACAUCGACUGGAAGCGGCGGCCCGAGAACCACGACCCAGCCCGGAUGCCGCGAAUUCCUCUCCCGGGAGUCUCCUUUGCGCGGUCGGUAGGACCGUGGGCCGGUCACCUCCUCAUGCCGUCUGGGGCGGCGAUGGCAACGGCGUACGACCACCGCCUGGCGGGGUAUGGUUGCAGCGUGCCGAGCACGACUGCUGUCAAGGGGCAACUUCUUCUCUUUCCUUCUCCGAUGACCGGGCCGCCACCGACGGAGGUGCAACCCGGUGGGAGUGGCGGUCUGUCGAUGGUUCUUGAAUCGGUGCCGGCGGCCCACAGCCAGGCCAUCGCCAAGCGUGUCAGGCUGUUCGGGGUGAACCUCGUCAGCCCCGAAUCACAAGUCCACGCCGAUGGCAGUCGGUCACAAGAAACGUCUGCUGUCCCUCUCCUCCAGUUGCAGCAUAGCAGCGUCGAGUCCUCGUCGCCUUCAUGGUCGUCGACGAGCAAGGAGCAGCAUUCGUCCUUGGAUCUUGACCUAUAAGAGAGGAUAUCAUCAUUCGCUUGCAGAUCAAUUGGGAUGAACACCGAACCGUGUUCGACGAAAGUUGGAAGGUUCUUUCUAUAGUUUUGUGCUGCUUUUAUAUGAUGGAAUGGUGCAUCCAAAUUGAAGUUGUUCUUCAUAAUCUACCUCUUCAAACUGUACAUAUGCUGGAAGAUAUAAAGGCUCGUAAGCCUCUUCAUAGGAUUCUAAUCCGAAAGAGCCCAUGUUAUCACCGGGAAAUCGCUCAUUCUUUUGCUCAAUGCUUUUAUGAUGUCUUUUUGCUGGUCUUCCCUUGGAAUAAAUGCUUCAUCUCUUUCAGAAAGUUCCAAAGAAGUCGAUUUGACAUUCCUUAAAUCGAGGACGGACAGCUUUGGAGCAACAGAGAAUGAAACAAGGUUUCUACAGGGGAAGAUCACAUAGUAAAGGAGCCAUCUCAUUUCAUGGUUUCUGGAAAAUGCUAAUUAUAAUCUCGAAAUUUGUCAUCCAGGUAUGGUGUCUUUGAGCUCAUGAUACCAAUAUUGAUUAGUACAUUGUGUGCUGUUCAUGAAAAAGAUGACAAGGAUGCAUAUUCCAUUAGGAUUUGAAGCUUGGCAUUAGUACUCAAUUUUCAGAUAGGUUCGAAUAAUGUGCCUUAACUGAAGUAUUAUACCUUAUAUAUACUUUGCCAAUUGUUCUU